GCCUGCCCUCCACGCAGGAGACGAGGGAUUUCACAACCCAGCCCAGACAGGAUUAAAGAGAAAUACACAAGUAAACAAAUAGCGGCCUCGUAAAACUGGACGUGCUGCGCGGGGAGCGGAGCCUCUGGGCCGCCGGUCAAACUGCCCCUGUCAGAGGAAAGGAGUUGCUUCCUGUUAUUUCCAUUGAAAUACUUGUCCGGUCGUUAGCCGGCAGGAUUUUGCAGGAUGGCACCGUGCGCGCAGACGGGCUCCGGCCGGCUGUCCCGAGGGCUCCUGCUGCUCUGGGCGCUCCUGGGGACCGGGCUCUGCCAUGUGGGUGCCGAGGCGGAGGGCUUUGGCCAGGACGCCAGGACGAGCCCACCCGUGGCCGUGUUCAACUGGACAGCCCAGCUCGUGGAGGAGACGUACACCAACAUCACACAGAAGUGCUGGGAGUUCUUUGUCGACCUGAUGAGGAACGUGACAGUGUCGGAGCUGUGCGAGUGGAAGGUCAUCAGCAGGCCCUACAGCCUGCUGCAGGCCUGCCUGGAGGACUGGGCUGACCACCUGCACUACGGCUACCCCAACGCGCUGGCCGAGCAGUACAUCUUCCGCAGCCACCGCCGCUACUUCCACAACUGCACCCUGCAGCACCAGGUCUUUGACCCCCCCCAGGACGUGCUGCUGCCCAUGAUCAUCGCCCCCAUCUGCCUCAUCCCCUUCCUGGUCACCCUGGUCAUCUGGCGCAGCAAGGACGGCAAAGCCCAGGCUUAGUGCUGCAGCGUGGGGUGGCUGAUUGCCCGCUGUCCCGCCUGCGAUGGGAAAAAAUGGGCAGAAAACGGGCAAAAAACGGGCAGUGGCAGCUCUACACCCGGGAGCUGCCCCACGGUUCUGCCCCAGGGCUGCGGGGCCACCGGCUGCUUGAGCAGCUCCGCAGGCCCCGGGAAUUGAGGUGCCCCGGGGAGGGGGUCCCGGGGUUACCGGCACAUACUGGUUCCCGCUGUGCCGCCGGCGGUGCUUCCCGCGCCCCUCCCGGCUCAACCGCCGGCCCCGGGGCUGCGGAUUAAACGCUUAUUCCCCCA